AUGAUUAUUGCGACCCGAUCACGGUCACGUGACGUCACGUCGAUCCACCCGUAACUCUCAACACACGAUAAUAAAAUUACUUGAGAACCGGAAGAUAUCAAAGAUCAGCGACGCGAAAUAUCCGAGGGAAGAAAACCGCAAGAAGCGAUGGAGUCGAUCUUAAUCACAGGUUGCAAUCGUGGACUGGGUUUGGGUUUAGUGAAACACUUAACAAAACUGCCGCAGCCGCCACGGAAUAUUUUCGCAACUUGCCGAGACGCGAAUAAAGCAAGGGAAUUGACUGCAUUGGCUGAGAAAUCGACGAAUAUUCACAUUAUCGAAAUAGAUUUAGUCGACACGAAGAAUUAUGACAAAAUAGUGGAAACUGUUAGCAAAAAAGUCGGCAAUAAAGGGUUGAAUGUUUUGUUCAACAAUGCUGGGGUCAGCUCAAAAUUUACAAGACUCAACUUCGUAAAAGAGCAACAACUUACAGAAACAUUUUUUGUAAACACAGUGGUGCCAAUUUUAUUGACAAAGGCAUUUCUGCCAUUGUUGAAAAUAGCAUCUAACAAUUUCAAGGACAAGUCAAAGAUGAACAUCAAAAGGUCUGCAGUUAUUAAUAUGUCCUCCAUUCUUGGAAGUAUUGCCGAAAAUGAUCAGGGUGGAUAUUAUCCUUACAGAUGUAGCAAGACUGCACUUAAUGCAGCAACAAAAUCAAUGAGCAUCGAUUUAAAGGAAGAUGGAAUCCUAGUCACUUGUUUACAUCCUGGUUGGGUGCGUACAGACAUGGGAGGAAACAACGCACCCAUGGAUAUUGAUACCAGUGUUAGUAACAUUUUGAACACGUUAAGUUCAUUGACCUCUGAACACACAGGCUGCUUUAUUCAAUACGAUGGAAAAAGUUUACCGUGGUAAAUGAUUUUCGUAUCGUUGUUAAGCACCAAUACUCUAAACAUAAACAAUACCUUCAA